AUGCUAUUGAAAUUUGACAAGGAGGUGCACCAGUAUAUUCUCGCAUUCCGCGUACCCUUCCGCCUGGCCCACACUGGCGCACUCGCACCCUUGGAACAUAUCCCUCCAACGCAGGAUUACAGCAUGGACUUUGAGAAGAUUGGCAUACGCAGUUCAAACGAACAAGAUUCUGACAGGAUUGUCAACAUACUGCAGAUUCCAUAA